AUGACCACCCCUGCGCAGCGCGUCUCGCCUUGGGGUCAUCUCCCGCCGACGCGCACUCCAACGCCCUCCGCGUCGCGCCGUCUCGUCCUCGCCGCUGCUCCCAUCUGCCGCAUCCGCACCUUUGCGCCUCCCCGCGCUCAGACCCGCACAGUGGGAGGUCAACCCAUAAUGGCAACCCCUUUUCGCACGCCCAUACAAGUUUCACCCCUCCUGCUUCCCCCACACUCACUCAUGCUUCCUCCGCCUGCGCCGCUGCCCUCCACAUACGCCCCUCCCUUUCCCCGUCCUCCCAGGGGGCCACACGGCGGAGAUGCUGUGUGUGGUGGGCGCCCUGGACCACACACAUACGUGUUCACCCUCCCUGCUCCUUCCACAAUUACUCCCUUCCGCCCCGCGACCCUGCCUUUCCUCCGCCCCCUCAGGCGGCCACACGGCGGAGAUGCUGUGUCCGUUGAGCGCCCUGGACAGUGGGCGCUGUGUCCGAUGCUGUGUCUGGUGGGCGCGCUGGACCACGGGCGCUACAGCCCGCGCUGCUACAUCGCUGCUGCCACCGACGCCAUCAGCCUGCCCAAGGCGCGCCAGCUAGAGGCCACACUCGCCCAGGUGAGACAUCUUAAAACAUGUUUUAUUGCCAAGUCAAGCUCUCCCAAGGCAAGCCCUCCCAAGGCAAGCCCUCCCAAGUCAAGCCCUCCCAAGGCAAGCCCUCCCAAGUCAAGCCCUCCCAAGGCAAGCCCUCCCAAGUCAAGCCCUCCCAAGGCAAGCCCUCCCAAGUCAAGCCCUCCCAAGGCAAGCCCUCCCAAGUCAAGCCCUCCCAAGGCAAGCCCUCCCAAGUCAAGCCCUCCCAAGGCAAGCCCUCCCAAGUCAAGCCCUCCCAAGGCAAGCCCUCCCAAGUCAAGCCCUCCCAAGGCAAGCCCUCCCAAGUCAAGCCCUCCCAAGGCAAGCCCUCCCAAGUCAAGCCCUCCCAAGUCAAGCCCUCCCAAGUCAAGCCCUCCCAAGGCAAGCUCUCCCAAGGCAAGCUCUCCCAAGGCAAGCCCUCCCAAGGCAAGCCCUCCCAAGGCAAGCCCUCCCAAGUCAAGCCCUCCCAAGGCAAGCCCUCCCAAGUCAAGCCCUCCCAAGGCAAGCCCUCCCAAGUCAAGCCCUCCCAAGGCAAGCCCUCCCAAGUCAAGCCCUCCCAAGGCAAGCCCUCCCAAGGCAAGCCCUCCCAAGUCAAGCCCUCCCAAGUCAAGCCCUCCCAAGGCAAGCCCUCCCAAGUCAAGCCCUCCCAAGGCAAGCCCUCCCAAGGCAAGCCCUCCCAAGGCAAGCCCUCCCAAGUCAAGCCCUCCCAAGGCAAGCCCUCCCAAGUCAAGCCCUCCCAAGGCAAGCCCUCCCAAGUCAAGCCCUCCCAAGGCAAGCCCUCCCAAGGCAAGCCCUCCCAAGGCAAGCCCUCCCAAGGCAAGCCCUCCCAAGGCAAGCCCUCCCAAGGAAAGCCCUCCCAAGGCAAGCCCUCCCAAGGCAAGCCCUCCCAAGUCAAGCCCUCCCAAGGCAAGCCCUCCCAAGGCAAGCCCUCCCAAGUCAAGCCCUCCCAAGUCAAGCCCUCCCAAGUCAAGCCCUCCCAAGUCAAGCCCUCCCAAGGCAAGCCCUCCCAAGUCAAGCUCUCCCAAGGCAAGCCCUCCCAAGGCAAGCCCUCCCAAGGCAAGCCCUCCCAAGGCAAGCCCUCCCAAGUCAAGCCCUCCCAAGGCAAGCCCUCCCAAGUCAAGCCCUCCCAAGGCAAGCCCUCCCAAGUCAAGCCCUCCCAAGGCAAGCUCUCCCAAGGCAAGCCCUCCCAAGGCAAGCCCUCCCAAGGCAAGCCCUCCCAAGUCAAGCCCUCCCAAGGCAAGCCCUCCCAAGGCAAGCCCUCCCAAGUCAAGCCCUCCCAAGGCAAGCCCUCCCGAGUCAAACCCUCCCAAGGCAAGCCCUCCCAAGUCAAACCCUCCCAAGUCAAGCCCUCCCAAGGCAAGCCCUCCCAAGGCAAGCCCUCCCAAGUCAAGCCCUCCCAAGUCAAGCCCUCCCAAGUCAAGCCCUCCCAAGGCAAGCCCUCCCAAGUCAAGCCCUCCCAAGUCAAGCCCUCCCAAGGCAAGCCCUCCCAAGUCAAGCCCUCCCAAGUCAAGCCCUCCCAAGUCAAGCCCUCCCAAGUCAAGCCCUCCCAAGUCAAGCCCUCCCAAGUCAAGCCCUCCCAAGGCAAGCCCUCCCAAGUCAAGCUCUCCCAAGGCAAGCCCUCCAAAGUCAAGCUCUCCCAAGGCAAGCCCUCCCAAGGCAAGCCCUCCCAAGGCAAGCCCUCCCAAGUCAAGCCCUCCCAAGGCAAGCCCUCCCAUGUCAAGCUCUCCCAAGGCAAGCUCUCCCAAGGCAAGCCCUCCCAAGGCAAGCCCUCCCAAGGCAAGCCCUCCCAAGUCAAGCCCUCCCAAGGCAAGCCCUCCCAAGUCAAGCCCUCCCAAGGCAAGCCCUCCCAAGUCAAGCCCUCCCAAGUCAAGCCCUCCCAAGGCAAGCCCUCCCAAGUCAAGCCCUCCCAAGUCAAGCCCUCCCAAGUCAAGCCCUCCCAAGUCAAGCCCUCCCAAGUCAAGCCCUCCCAAGUCAAGCCCUCCCAAGUCAAGCCCUCCCAAGGCAAGCCCUCCCAAGGCAAGCCCUCCCAAGUCAAGCCCUCCCAAGGCAAGCCCUCCCAAGGCACGCCCUCCCAAGGCAAGCCCUCCCAAGGCAAACCCUCCCAAGGCAAGCCCUCCCAAGGCAAGCCCUCCCAAGGCAAGCCCUCCCAAGUCAAGCCCUCCCAAGGCAAGCCCUCCCAAGGCAAGCCCUCCCAAGGCAAGCCCUCCCAAGUCAAGCCCUCCCAAGGCAAGCCCUCCCAAGGCAAGCCCUCCCAAGGCAAGCCCUCCCAAGGCAAACCCUCCCAAGUCAAGCCCUCCCAAGGCAAGCUCUCCCAAGGCAAGCCCUCCCAAGUCAAGCCCUCCCAAGGCAAGCCCUCCCAAGGCAAGCCCUCCCAAGGCAAGCCCUCCCAAGGCAAGCCCUCCCAAGUCAAGCCCUCCCAAGGCAAGCCCUCCCAAGGCAAGCCCUCCCAAGGCAAGCCCUCCCAAGUCAAGCCCUCCCAAGGCAAGCUCUCCCAAGGCAAGCCCUCCCAAGUCAAGCCCUCCCAUGUCAAGCUCUCCCAAGGCAAGCCCUCCCAAGGCAAGCCCUCCCAAGGCAAGCCCUCCCAAGUCAAGCCCUCCCAAGGUAAGCCCUCCCAAGUCAAGCCCUCCCAAGGCAAGCCCUCCCAAGUCAAGCCCUCCCAAGUCAAGCCCUCCCAAUUCAAGCUCUCCCAAGGAAAGCCCUCCCAAGGCAAGCCCUCCCAAGGCAAGCCCUCCCAAGGCAAGCCCUCCCAAGGCAAGCCCUCCCAAGGCAAGCCCUCCCAAGUCAAGCCCUCCCAAGGCAAACUCUCCCAAGGCAAGCCCUCCCAAGUCAAGCCCUCCCAAGUCAAGCCCUCCCAAGUCAAGCCCUCCCAAGGCAAGCUCUCCCAAGGCAAGCCCUCCCAAGGCAAGCCCUCCGAAGGCAAGCCCUCCCAAGGCAAGCCCUCCCAAGGCAAGCCCUCCCAAGUCAAGCCCUCCCAAGGCAAGCCCUCCCAAGUCAAGCCCUCCCAAGGCAAGCCCUCCCAAGGCAAGCCCUCCCAAGUCAAGCCCUCCCAAGGCAAGCCCUCCCAAGUCAAGCCCUCCCAAGGCAAGCCCUCCCAAGGCAAGCCCUCCCAAGGCAAGCCCUCCCAAGGCAAACCCUCCCAAGUCAAGCCCUCCCAAGGCAAGCCCUCCCAAGGCAAGCCCUCCCAAGUCAAGCCCUCCCAAGGCAAGCCCUCCCAAGGCAAGCCCUCCCAAGUCAAGCCCUCCCAAGGCAAGCUCUCCCAAGGCAAGCCCUCCCAAGUCAAGCCCUCCCAUGUCAAGCUCUCCCAAGGCAAGCCCUCCCAAGGCAAGCCCUCCCAAGGCAAGCCCUCCCAAGUCAAGCCCUCCCAAGGUAAGCCCUCCCAAGUCAAGCCCUCCCAAGGCAAGCCCUCCCAAGUCAAGCCCUCCCAAGUCAAGCCCUCCCAAUUCAAGCUCUCCCAAGGAAAGCCCUCCCAAGGCAAGCCCUCCCAAGGCAAGCCCUCCCAAGGCAAGCCCUCCCAAGGCAAGCCCUCCCAAGGCAAGCCCUCCCAAGUCAAGCCCUCCCACGGCAAACUCUCCCAAGGCAAGCCCUCCCAAGUCAAGCCCUCCCAAGUCAAGCCCUCCCAAGGCAAGCUCUCCCAAGGCAAGCCCUCCCAAGGCAAGCCCUCCGAAGGCAAGCCCUCCCAAGGCAAGCCCUCCCAAGGCAAGCCCUCCCAAGUCAAGCCCUCCCAAGGCAAGCCCUCCCAAGUCAAGCCCUCCCAAGGCAAGCCCUCCCAAGGCAAGCCCUCCCAAGUCAAGCCCUCCUAAGGCAAGCCCUCCCAAGGCAAGCCCUCCCAAGGCAAGCCCUCCCAAGUCAAGCCCUCCCAAGUCAAGCCCUCCCAAGUCAAGCCCUCCCAAGUCAAGUCCUCCCAAGGCAAGCCCUCCCAAGGCAAGCCCUCCCAAGGCAAGCCCUCCCAAGGCAAGCCCUCCCAAGUCAAGCCCUCCCAAGGCAAGCCCUCCCAAGUCAAGCCCUCCCAAGGCAAGCCCUCCCAAGUCAAGCCCUCCCAAGGCAAGCUCUCCCAAGGCAAGCCCUCCCAAGGCAAGCCCUCCCAAGGCAAGCCCUCCCAAGUCAAGCCCUCCCAAGGCAAGCCCUCCCAAGGCAAGCCCUCCCAAGUCAAGCCCUCCCAAGGCAAGCUCUCCCAAGGCAAGCCCUCCCAAGGCAAGCCCUCCGAAGGCAAGCCCUCCCAAGGCAAGCCCUCCCAAGGCAAGCCCUCCCAAGUCAAGCCCUCCCAAGGCAAGCCCUCCCAAGUCAAGCCCUCCCAAGGCAAGCCCUCCCAAGGCAAGCCCUCCCAAGUCAAGCCCUCCCAAGGCAAGCCCUCCCAAGGCAAGCCCUCCCAAGGCAAGCCCUCCCAAGUCAAGCCCUCCCAAGUCAAGCCCUCCCAAGUCAAGCCCUCCCAAGUCAAGUCCUCCCAAGGCAAGCCCUCCCAAGGCAAGCCCUCCCAAGGCAAGCCCUCCCAAGGCAAGCCCUCCCAAGUCAAGCCCUCCCAAGGCAAGCCCUCCCAAGUCAAGCCCUCCCAAGGCAAGCCCUCCCAAGUCAAGCCCUCCCAAGGCAAGCUCUCCCAAGGCAAGCCCUCCCAAGGCAAGCCCUCCCAAGGCAAGCCCUCCCAAGUCAAGCCCUCCCAAGGCAAGCCCUCCCAAGGCAAGCCCUCCCAAGUCAAGCCCUCCCAAGGCAAGCCCUCCCGAGUCAAACCCUCCCAAGGCAAGCCCUCCCAAGUCAAGCCCUCCCAAGGCAAGCCCUCCCAAGGCAAGCCCUCCCAAGGCAAGCCCUCCCAAGGCAAGCCCUCCCAAGUCAAGCCCUCCCAAGGCAAGCCCUCCCAAGGCAAGCCCUCCCAAGGCAAGCCCUCCCAAGUCAAGCCCUCCCAAGGCAAGCCCUCCCAAGUCAAGCCCUCCCAAGUCAAGCCCUCCCAAGGCAAGCCCUCCCAAGUCAAGCCCUCCCAAGGCAAGCCCUCCCAAGGCAAGCCCUCCCAAGUCAAGCCCUCCCAAGUCAAGCCCUCCCAAGGCAAGCCCUCCCAAGUCAAGCCCUCCCAAGGCAAGCCCUCCCAAGUCAAGCCCUCCCAAGUCAAGCCCUCCCAAGGCAAGCCCUCCCAAGUCAAGCCCUCCCAAGGCAAGCCCUCCCAAGUCAAGCCCUCCCAAGGCAAGCCCUCCCAAGGCAAGCCCUCCCAAGUCAAGCCCUCCCAAGGCAAGCCCUCCCAAGGCAAGCCCUCCCAAGGCAAGCCCUCCCAAGGCAAGCCCUCCCAAGUCAGCUGGAGGCCACACUCGCCCAAAACAAAUCUCUCUCUCCAGUGCCCUCGCCCAGGCAAGCCCUCGCCCAGGCAAGCCCUCGCCCAGGCAAGCCCUCGCCCAGGCAAGCUCACCCACUUCCUCCCCAUCGCCCGCCUCGCCUGUCCCACCCGCCUCCUACCUGUCGGUGUAUCGGAGUCGCGAGGUGGGGCAGUCAUACCUCACCUCAGUGCUCACCACCAUCGCCGCCACGCUGCACGCCAUGCUGCUCGUGGCACGCGUCAGACCACAACUGGUGCGCCCAUCCGUGCAGCUUGCCUCUUGCCUCUCUCGUGCUGCUUCCCUUGGGUCUCUCGUGCUGCUUCCCUUGGGUCUCUCGUGCUGCUUCCCUUGGGUCUCUCGUGCUGCUUCCCUUGGGUCUCUCGUGCUGCUUCCCUUGGGUCUCUCGUGCUGCUUCCCUUGGGUCUCUCGUGCUGCUUCCCUUGGGUCUCUCGUGCUGCUUCCCUUGGGUCUCUCGUGCUGCUUCCCUUGGGUCUCUCGUGCUGCUUCCCUUGGGUCUCUCGUGCUGCUUCCCUUGGGUCUCUCGUGCUGCUUCCCUUGGGUCUCUCGUGCUGCUUCCCUUGGGUCUCUCGUGCUGCUUCCCUUGGGUCUCUCGUGCUGCUUCCCUUGGGUCUCUCGUGCUGCUUCCCUUGGGUCUCUCGUGCUGCUUCCCUUGGGUCUCUCGUGCUGCUUCCCUUGGGUCUCUCGUGCUGCUUCCCUUGGGUCUCUCGUGCUGCUUCCCUUGGGUCUCUCGUGCUGCUUCCCUUGGGUCUCUCGUGCUGCUUCCCUUGGGUCUCUUGUGCUUCUUGCCUCUUGUCUCGUUUGUGCUGCUGCACCUUCUCUUCCGCUGCAUUCUGCAACUGCUCUGCAACGGGCCCGGCACCUGUCUGCCAAUAUGCAUCGCCGUCUUCACGUUGCACGUGAGUUCCUCUCGCUCUCUGUCACCGCAGCUCACCCACACAAUCACCCAUUUGCACCCUCCCAUCCCCUCCUCCACCGACUCACCGACCCUCUGCAUCCACCUUAUCCACCUUCACACACCAGCUGCAAUUCACAUUCCAGUGAGCUCUUUUCCUGUACACAGCGGCUCUCCACGAGUGCCACUCCCCGUCUGCACAUGAUUCAAGUAUCACAGCCACGCCAUCUGCCCACUCGCUGCAUCCACACGCCUGAGCUGCGUGACCAGCUGUCCGAGGUGCUGGGAGUGCAGAGCAGCAGCAUCGUGUUUGUGGAGAGUGUGGCACGAGUGGACCACCUGUCGCUCACAGGCUGUCUGCUGCACCGCGUGGGCAUCGUAGACUGGUUCUUCGUGCAGUGGCCACACCUCACCAGCUCAUGCAAGGGCACCCAAUAUGUGGGCCGCCUCAUGUGA